AUGGAGGUCCCGGGAACUCUCCCCAGUGGCGGUCUCCUCUACUGGGUGGGGGUGCUGAGCGCAGUGUACAUCACCGUGCGGGCCACCUACCGCCUGCUGGCCGGGCUCCGCGUCUGGGUGCUGGGCAACCCGGUGGUGCUGGGCCCGGGGCUGGGCGCCUGGGCAGUGGUCACAGGAGCUACUGAUGGAAUUGGAAAAGCCUAUGCAGAAGAGCUAGCAAAGCAUGGAAUGAAUGUGGCUCUUAUCAGCAGAUCUCAAGAAAAACUAGAACAGGUUGCCAGUGAAAUAAAAGAGAAAUUCAAAGUGGAAACAAAAAUUAUUGCUGCAGACUUUGGUGAGAGAGAAGAUAUUUACAGUAGAAUUAAAGCAGGACUGGAAGGCCUUGAGAUUGGUGUUUUAGUCAACAAUGUGGGAAUUUCAUACACUUACCCUGAAUAUUUUCUUGAUGUUCCAGACCUGGAUAAUACAAUCAAUAAAAUGAUAAACAUUAACAUCAUGUCUGUUUGCAAGAUGACACGAUUGGUGCUGCCCAGCAUGCUGGAAAGAUCUAAAGGAAUAAUCCUGAAUAUCUCUUCAGCUGCUGGCAUGUAUCCAUCUCCACUGCUCACUCUGUACUCAGCAACCAAGGCUUUUGUGGAUUUCUUCUCUCGAGGCCUCCAUGCAGAGUACAAGAGCAAGGGCAUCAUUGUACAGAGUGUUCUACCAUAUUUUGUGGCUACAAAAAUGUCUAAAAUCCGCAAACCAACCUUCGAUAAGCCCAGUCCUGAAACAUACGUAAGAGCUGCCCUUGGCACAGUAGGCCUGCAGUCCCAGACCAACGGAUGUCUGCCCCAUGCCAUUCUUGGCUGGAUCUUGUCUCUUCUUCCCACCUCAGCAGUCAUCAACUUGACAAUGCAAAAACACAAGCAAGUGCGGGCUCGCUACUUAAAGAAAGUGAAGGAAAACUAAGUUGCAGCAACUUGAUCAGAUGUUUUGACACAUGGUGGCUCAGUACCCACAAUUCAGCACGAAAUAGACUUAAUCACAUUUAAAAUUCUCUUAUAGUUUUUACUUUCUAAUAGGACCAAACACCAGUUUGGGGUGGGAUUAUGAUAUAACAUUUCUUUCUGGCCUCGACUUUCCAAUAUUGAUUUCAAAAUAUGCUUGAUUUGUUGGUCAUAUGUGACUAUGGGAUACUAACUGGAUUUAAUCAUUAGCUUUAUGUAAUGUAUUUAUACCAAUGAAUAAGGAAUUGUAUCUCAGUGCAAGUAGCUUGGUGAUAAAAGAAAAAACCCACAAUAAAGCAAGACAAAGUGC